UUAAUAUCAACAUCAGUCCCCUUCCCCUCCCCAAAUUUUUACACUAAAUAUCUUUCCCCAUCACUUUAUUUUUUCAAAGCUUUCCACCCCUUUUAUACAGUAAUGCCACUAGGUCCAAAUUUUCUUUUUUUCCUCAUUUUCUUCAUUUUCUCGAAUUUACCCCUUCCAUUUAUUUUUGCUUUUCUUUUAUUCUUUCCCCUUCACCGUUCAAUCCUCCCUCAUCCCCCCUCCCCUCCCUCCCUCCCUUCACAAUUGUCAAGGUUCUCGACAACUGUGCCUUUCCCCCUCAUUUUCCCUUUUUUCUUCAUUUUCCUCCUUUUCAGCCUCCAUUUUACACCAAUCUCACAUUCCUCAUCUCAGAAUCGUUUCUAUCUGUUUAAAUGA